AGAGAGAGAGAGAGAGAGAGAGAGAGAGAGAGAGAGAGUAAGAGAGAGGGAGUGAGAGACAGAGAGAGGAAGGGAGAGACUGAGAGAGAGGAAGGGAAAGAGAGCGCGCACAAGCGAUGAAGUUAACCACACGCGCGUGAGAAUCAGAAAGCGAGAGAGGGUGGGAGGGACUGAGGGGAGCAACAGAGAGAGAAAGAGAGAGAGUGAGAGAGAAACGGUAAGACAUAGACUCAGUGACAGAACCAGAGCAAGGGCGAGGAGGAAGGGACUGUCUCUGUGUGCGCGCGGGUGUGUGUGUGUGCGUGUGUGUGUUUGUGAAGGUAAAAGAGAGAGAGGGAGAAAAAGCGAGGGAGCGUGGACGUUAGAAGGAAAAGAAAAAAAGCCAAGUGUAAUUAAUUCAGGCUGGAUGGGAGGGAUGUUGUUGUCGGUUGCCGUUGCUCCGGUGCCUGUACCGCGCCGCUUGUAGCCGUGGGUUUUCAGAGAGAGCGACAGAGAGCAGGACAAGGCUGCUCUUCGGGAGCCAGACGGCAGACAGGAGCUCUGGCAACCCCCGAGACCCGCAUCAACGUCUACAGCCCCAUCUCCUUCUCCUCCUCCUCCUCAUGCUCUCCUAGCGGUCCGGCCACAGGCUGUCAGCACAACACUGAGGUGCACCGCCAGCAGGGAUGGCACGCGGACAAGGCAGGCAUGGCCUGAGCUUCAACUUUUCAUUAGCCACCGGCCGCCGGGACUAAAACAGCAAUGCCGCUUAGAUGUGGAAAUGCAGGCUGAACUUCACCUCACUCUGCUGUUUGGGAAUAGAGGCGUGAAGGCCCAAGUAGGCGUUGGCCGUUGCCUCUGAUCUACGGGGAUCCUCCGACGUCGCCCCGCCAGUCCGGCAUUAGGUGCCAGCUCUCCCUGUGAAGGACACCCACCAUCAAGGCCCUCCCGCUCCCCAAAGCCCACUACCCUUGCACUCCAGUGGAGUGAGACCCAUCUCUCCCAGCCCGGGAGCUUAUAAAUAUUACACACAUUGAUUAUUUGCCCCGUUUCGCCUCCUUGAUUCGCCACACUUGGUAAUCAGAGUGAGCUGACCCGUCACAUACCCCCCGCGCCCCCCCCACGCCCGAGCCCUACGAGAACAGAUCAGGACGUUCAGGCCGGUCGGCCUCCGAUCUCUGUGACAUCCCAGGACCUCCCGGGGACCCGCAUGACGCACCGCGCCCUCGCUACACCGUAGGGCCGCAGUUAUUCCCCGCCAUCCGCCCGGAGCGCCGGUUACCAUAGCGAUGAAGAGAUGACAGCCCUCCCGCUAGCCUUCGUCCCGGCUCACAGCCUGACCCAAGGAUAACGAUAACCGCUGUCCACCUCCUCCUCCACCGCCGCCCCUCAGCCUACCAGCUGUCUCUGAGGCUAGGCGUAACCCCCCCCCCCCCAGGGCAGAAUGGGGGACGGGAGCUGGGUGUGCUUGAGCCCGGCUGAGUUCUCCCAACUCCAGAAGUACAGCGAGUACUCCACUAAGAAGUUAAAGGAUGUGCUGGAGGAGUUUCAUGGAGAGGGAGUUCUCUCCAAAUACAACCCAGAGCAGAAGCAAGACGUUCUCAACCAACCCAUCGACUAUGAGGGCUUCCAGCUCUUCAUGGCCACCUAUCUCGAAAACGACAUCCCUGAGGAGCUGUGUCAGCACCUCUUCACCUCCUUCAAGAGCAAGACCGGCGGCUGCUCUCCCGAUGCGUCCCAUGCAGGGACAGCCAUGCUGGAGACCCGUUCCAUUGACGCAGGCAUCUCUAUACAGACCGAAGUGGCCUGUGCCCCCAUUACAGGGAUGAAUGGGAGGAGCAUCCUGUCCGCCAUGGGACGGCACACUCCGGAGAACGGCGGUGUGAUGGCCGCCGCCGGCUCUGGGACCACCGCCUCGCCCUGCUCGUCCCGGUCGUCCUCGCAGCGCUCCGGGAAGGGCGCCCAGACCCCCUUGGGGGGUUCCCAGCGGUCCCCCUGCACCCAUGGAAGGCCCGGCGAUGUCAGCAGCAGCAGCAACGCCCUCACCCCCAACUCGGGCCUCGCCCCGUCCCCGGUUUCCCCACGCCUGUCCCCAGAGAGGAAGUGCCCGGAGAAGCGUCUGUCGCUCCGCAGCAGCCCCUCGCCCCAGAAGGGCUCCCCGAUGCUGGCCUCCCCCCAGGUGGUCUUCCUGAAGGACAUCGUCUGCUACCUCUCCCUGCUGGAGAACGGGACCCCCGAGGACAAGCUGGAGUUCAUGUUCCGGCUCUACGACACCGACGGCAAUGGCUUGCUGGACAGUUCGGAGCUGGAUCGCAUCAUCAACCAGAUGGUCCAUGUUGCAGAGUACCUCGAGUGGGACUCGACAGAACUGCGACCGAUCCUGAAGGAGAUGAUGGAGGAGAUCGACUACGACCACGACGGCACCGUCACGCUGGAGGAGUGGAUUAGAGGCGGCCUCACCACCAUCCCUUUACUGGUCCUGCUCGGCAUGGAGACGAAUGUCCAAGAGGACGGGCAGCACGUGUGGAGACUGAAGCACUUCAACAAACCGGCCUACUGUAACUACUGCCAUACCAUGCUGCUGGGGGUGCGCAAACAGGGCCUCUGCUGCACCUUAUGCAAGUACACUGUUCACGAGCGCUGUGUGUCCAAAGAUAUCGCCGCCUGCAUCAGCACAUACGCCAAGUCCCGCAGACACACCAAUGCUAUGCAGCACGUGUGGAUGGAAGGCAACUCUCCCACCAAGUGCGAUCGCUGUCACAGAAGCAUCAAGUGUUACCAGGGCUUAACAGGGCUGCACUGCGUGUGGUGUCAGAUCACUCUCCAUAAUAAGUGCGCAUCCAAUGUGAAGACGGAGUGCGAUGGAGGGGCCGUGAGGGACCACACUCUGCUGCCCUCGUACAUCUGCCCCGUCGUCUUGGACCGCCAUUCCGUGGUGAAGCGUGGUGAGGGCGAUUCCCCGCCCAGCACCAGCCCGGACGACGCCAACCACACCUUCAAAUUCAACCCCGGGGACGGCCAGGCUCUCCAGAUCAGCCCUCUCCCAGGCACCCACCCUCUCCUCGUACUGGUCAACCCCAAGAGCGGAGGCAGGCAGGGCGAGCGGGUGCUUAGGAAACUCCGGUACCUUCUGAACCCCAGACAGGUGUAUAGUCUGGACCGAGAGGGGCCCACUGUGGGGCUCAACUUCUUCCAUGACGUCCCUGACUUCAGGGUGCUGGCCUGUGGAGGGGAUGGCACUGUGGGCUGGAUCUUGGACUGCAUAGACAAGGCCAACUUUGCCAGGUAUCCCCCGGUGGCCAUUCUGCCCCUGGGCACGGGGAACGACCUUGCCCGAUGCCUCCGCUGGGGAGGAGGCUACGAGGGGGGCAGCAUGCUGAAGCCCCUGCGGGACAUCGAGCACAGCAUCGAGUUGAUGCUGGACCGCUGGAACAUCGACAUCAUCGCCGAAGACAAGGAGGAGAAGGGCGACCCAGUCCCCUACAGCAUCGUCAACAACUACUUCUCCAUAGGAGUGGAUGCCUCCAUCGCCCACCGCUUUCACCUGAUGCGGGAAAAGCACCCAGAGAAGUUCAACAGCAGGAUGAAAAACAAGCUGUGGUACUUUGAGUUUGGCACCACAGAGACCAUCUCAGCCACCUGUAAGAAGCUUAAUGAAUGCAUCGAAGUGGAGUGCGAUGGGAUCAUCUUGGAUCUCAGCAACACGUCCCUGGAGGGCAUCGCUGUGCUCAACAUUCCCAGCAUGCACGGCGGCUCUAACCUGUGGGGCGAGACCAAGAAGAGGCGGAACUACAACCGCAUGAGCAAGAAGGUUCCGGACCGAGCGCAUAGCAGCACCGUCACCGAUGUGAAGGAGCUCAAGUUCUGUGUGCAGGACCUGAGCGACCAGCUGCUGGAGGUGGUGGGUCUGGAGGGGGCCAUCGAGAUGGGACAGAUCUACACGGGGCUGAAGAGUGCCGGGCGGAGGCUGGCUCAGUGUGCCAGCGUCAUCAUCAGGACGUCCCGGCUGCUGCCCAUGCAGAUUGACGGAGAGCCCUGGAUGCAGCCCCCCUGCACGGUCAGGAUAACGCACAAGAACCAGGUGCCCAUGUUACUGGGACCGCCUCAGAAGACGCCGUUCUUCUUCUUCAAGAAACGCAACAGGAGCCGCGACUAGGAGCCAAACACUCUCCACACACACACACAUACAAACAUACACCAAUACACACACACACACACACACAAAGCUCACCCCCCCGCAGCUCUGACAGACGACGGUUAUACUGUUCUCGGAUUGGAAUACCGAACUGGGUCGCCAGUUUUGUCAAACGGAUUCCAUUCCGACUGGAAAGGUUUCCCAGUGUCUAUGUCCCCGGCGUACAUUUCAUUCCCAAAAGAAAAGAAAAUGAAAGCGCUCACGCAGGUAUACUGACUUAUUAGCCUACUAUGUAACAGUCGUUUUCUAGUCCUCCCUCUCCGGAGGCGAUGACCCUACCAGGGACCAAGUCCAAACGCUCCGUCCCCCCUAGCAACAAGGCCAACAUUUGGCUACAAGCUCCACCCCUCUGAGUGGAAGGCCACAGCAUUCAGCCAUGGGCAAGUACUAACACCGGCCUCCUUCCAUCAUUGCACCUCCGACUGAACCAGGAAGAGCACCAGAAAACGGACGGCUAGCGAGAGAGACAUUGGGACAGGGGUGUAUGUCGAAUGGAUUCAAGAUGGAGACCAUACCAGGUGGAGGAGAGCGACACUUGCAACGAAAAGGAAAAGGAGAGACGGAGCCCUGAGAAUGGUGGUGAUGGUGCUUUGGUGGUGGUGGUGGUGGUGGUUGGGGGCAAUGAUGGGAGAAGGACAGAGAGAGAGAGAGAGAGAGAGAGAGAGAGAGAGAGAGAGAGAGAGAGAGAGAGAGCGAGGGUGAGAGGGUUAGGGUUAGCCAACUUGGCCUUUUUUAAGAGGCCGGCGUGAAAGUAGAGUAAGAUCCACUCUUUUUCGCACAGCACCUUGAUGAAUAAUGGAGCGCUUAGUGCUUGUAAGAGCGCUCACCCCAGCGCUCGGCGGGACCAGCGGUGCACUACGCGCCGAGGAAAGAGAGCAGAAAAGGCUCAUCCAUUAUUGACCGCUGAAACGCGUUCAUGGGCAGAUGGCGAUAGAGCAUAACGGCGGCCUGUGAGGACGAAAACCACGCCAGGGUUUUAAGGGUUCUUGCAUCAGUGGCACACAAACACGGAUCUCCUCUGCUGUGUUUACACACUCAGGAGAAGAUCUGGUGUGUGACCCGAGGCAACACAAACCUGUCUCGCACUCUCUCUCUCUCUCUCUCUCUCUCUCUCUCUCUCUCUCUCUCUCUCUCUCUCUCUCUCUCUCUCUCUCCAGCUGCUCAGCAGGUUAUCCUAGAUCAGCCCUAAUCCGAUUGGAGGCAGGCUUUCACUAGGCGGGAUCGUAGCCCUACGGGAUUGUGACGUUGUUCCUCGCGAUACGUAUCAAGAUACACACCUGACCGUUCGAAUCAGAGGUCACCGUCCAGAGGAAGCCGUCCGAUGUCCAUCACCCGCCCACCUCCUGCCACCGACCCUUCCACCGCCACAGCGAUAAACGACACUUUAAGCGUGGCAAGCAACGGAAAUAAAUGCCCUCCUGGGUGUACCAGCUGCAACGCCACCGCCCCCUUUGGGUUUUAUUUACCCACGAGCUGCGCCAGGGGAACUAAAGUUAUCCCUCUAUUUCAGGGUCGGCCUAUCAGUCCCUCCCUGAAACCCUAUGCCUAAAUAUAGUGUCAAAAUAUCAAACUCACAAUGUCAAAGGGGGGUUCUCAGCGGACUGGUGAUGGCAAGACGGUCGUCCUUCAACAGGCCGGUCGGAUGGGAAGGACGUCUUCAUUUUAUACAUAUUUCUGCUUCUCUUCCCCAAAGCUCGAAAUUCCUUACCUUAUGUAUUGAAAAAAAUUAAGCUAUACCUUCACAAGCACUAGACAUCGAUUAGAAUCGAGAUAGAAAUUAACCGUUGGCGGUUCAUCUCGGGGGGGGGGGGGGGGGGGGGGGAGACGCUGUGGCAGAGACUGUAGUGUGAUCCAAAUAUAUCAAGAAUGUACUAGACAUGAACAUAGUAUCAUGGCAAGAUAAAUCCAUGUGCGCAGACACAAUAUUUGUAUAUUCAUGGAAAGUAGGUGUAGUGCACAUAUACACGUGAUUGUGUUUUUAACAGCAUAUGGUAGAUGAUAUUUGCGUGAGGUCCUUUCGAUUUUAUAGCAGUACGGAUCAGUGUUCUCCGCUGUAAACUGGUGGACUUGUGGCAACUCUCUCUGGGGGCAGUUUUAGUACCAGUGGUCUGAUUCAAACGAGAUCCCAUCUGAAAGCAUGUGGUGCUCGCUCUCUACCUCUCAGUAUAUCUUCAGGUGGGCUUCUCUCGGGGGGGGAGGGGGACAGGGUGGGGGGAUGGUACGAUUGAGAUGCAAUUCAUCAUCUACUUUAAUGUUAAGAGGAAUGUAAAAGUGGGUGGGGGGGGUUGGAGGGUAGGGGGUUAGAAGUACACUGAGAUGGAUCUGUUGUGAAAGGCAUACUAUGUGGUAAAGCUGCCUUGUAGCCCCUGCUUAGAUGGACCUCUGCAAAGCACGUGGCAGGGGAGACGCCCCAACACCGUUUGGGUGGUCAACGAAAAAAAUAAAGAAUUCUGUCUGAAUUCUGUCUUAGAUUGAGGCACUGACGCCUUGUUCCCUUGUUCCCUUUAAAACACAGAGUCACUAUUCAGCCACCCAGGCCCUAACAUAAACACAAACAGGAUAUGCUGCUGAGUAUCUCUAGAGCACAUCCUGUGCUGCACGGUCACCACAAAUGGUUAUAGACUCCAAAUAAAUAUAGCUAUGAAAAUAAAUAAACGUCAUUAUAAAUAUAUGAAUGAGACAAUUUAGUUCAAUAGAUUGAUAAAUAGGUUUUAUUAAAAAAUCUGUUUUUACUACUAACUAGGUAUUUCAUAAUUUCACAUAAAUUGUAUUAUUAGUUUAAUAUUUUUGCUCUUUUUGCUUUCAUCUGUUCUAUUCAAAUGAGUUGGGCGUGGUUAUCUAGCAGAUUCAGACCAAAGGAAUCACACCUGGUGAGGUACCUGGGCCAGGUGCAUUACCAUCACCUACUACACAGGAGUCUGGGCAAGGGGUCAGUGCUGUUCUGGUGCCGAUGCUUUGUUCUGAGAUAACCACGCCCCACACCCAACCAUUAGACAUUCCAUUCCAUUGAAUGGCAUUCAGUAUUCAUUAAGUGGCAUUGGGCGGAAUUUUAUUAUACCAUCCACUUAGGCGGUCUACAUUUGAAGAUAUGUUGAUUGGAAUCUCAAAUGACCCCUUUUCCUAUUGUCAUAUUUCCAAUACAAUUCCUACGCUAAUGAAUGUUACAAGCCAAACAACAUCCCAUAAUGCCACAGAUAACUAGUGAACCAUUUUGGAGCCUGGGUGGCAUGACACUUCAGUGGAAAAGAGUGCAUGUUUACAGUUCUUUUACCUUUAUCGAAAGGAUGAUUUUAGACAGUUAUACAAUUACAGUGUACAAAGUUGUUUAUAAUUCUUUAUCUAAAGUUAGCUUACACCACCGCAUGCCUGCCAAAACAAAAGGAGACGUAUGCAAAGCAUAUGUGACUGAGGAGAGGCCACGCUCUUAUUUCGAAGCUCAUUCCCCCUGCCGACUCUCCCUUGUGGAACAGAUUAUACACUCCUAUUCCUACUCCUACGUUAAAAAAAAUCAUGUAUCUGAUAUAUUUAUUAGUUGUGCAUUUUUUUUUUUGUAGCAGCAUGUUAAUGGGUGCUGUGCAAGGAUAGAGGUAUCAUGACAGAGAAGGAACUGUCAUGCUAUGUAAAAAGAAAUUUAAAAUCCACAGAAAAAGUGUGCGCCCUCAUUAAACCGAUUUUCUGAUAGAAUCCAGAGCAUCUGACUGCAGAGCAGGACUCACACAGUCCGUCUGACCCAUUCCCCCAUUGUGUGUGUGUGUGUGUGUGUGUGUGUGUGUGUGUGUGUGUGUGUGUGUGUGUGUGUGUGUGUGUGUGUGUGUGUGUGUGUGUGUGUGUGUGUGUGUGUGUGUGUGUGUUUGCGUGCGUGUGUGUGUGAUCAUUCCUGCCCAGUCUUGUCCUUUUGAAAUGAUCAAUAGCCUUAACAACUUACCAAGUGGAAGCCCCCUCCCCCCAGAGGUUUUGCACAGGGGCCGAAAGGAGACACUAAAAACAUGAAUGAAGCGACAGCCAGAGAGUGUAGGAGACAGGAUUAUACUUUUUGCGACAACAAAACGGCAGCUCAAUGGUAAAAGGUUAUUUACCCUGGUUGUAAACAAGUGUGACCUUUGAAUUAUGUAAACACGCCACGAGACCCUGACACAUAUACCCCAUAGUCCAGAGCUCUCAUUCAAUUGGUUACGACAACAUAUAACAUUAUCUACUAGCCACAAUCUCUACUAUCUACGACCACCAUUGAUAUAAGAGGGUCGAUAUAAUGACUAUGAUGGGAUAAAAGGCCCCUUUCUAUGAGUAGUAAUCAAAAUAACUUAACAUCCUCUUUGCUAUCCCUAUCUUAACUAUAGUAGAACUUCCCAGAGCAUAUCAUCUUUCAUCCAAUUCCUAGCAGUUGGUAUAAGGUGCAUGGUAAGUGGUUCAUUUCACUGGCCUUUUAGAAGUCACAGUUUUGCUUAUUGCAACAUUUGUGUUGCUGCCUGACCAAGGACUAAUACCUAUUGUACAGCAACUACUGCCUUGGUCUUUCAACUUUGACCUCAUUGAUAUACAUUCUGGUAUUAUAGCAUAACUGCACUCGUGUUCCCCUCUCUUAUUUCCUGUUGAAGGCGGUGGCAUAGUGGUGGCAUCCUCUUAAUCCCAUUAAUACGAAGAGGUAAGGGUUAUUGUAGCCCACCAACCUGACACUGUGUUCCUAUUCAUAGCCCUCCACAGAUUAGCAGCAAUGAGUGACCUCAGUGGCACAGAUGUAGCAGAAGCACGGUGUGUUGUGGUGCCACAUGUACACCACAUGUACUCCACGUGUACACCACACGUCACAUCAUAGCAGACAAAUUCAUAGAGUGGGAAUCUGGGAUUGUUUUUGCUUCCAUCAGGAUAUCCAGACAGAGGAGACUAAUUUCAUAAAAUAGCAUUGACUUUAAGAAUAAAAAAAGUGUUUGUGAGAGCUAGGACCACCUAGGGCCGCUACCGAGGAAAAAAUCAUAUGUGCGGUUCUUCAAAUGACUCCAUGGUUGAUAGAUACAUUCUAUUUCGAUGGGAUGGCCCUCAGGCGCAGAGCAGUAUGAAGGCGUUCACCCAUAGAGGGUCAAGGGCAGACACAAUCCCCAAUAUCUGCACUGUGAUUGGAUGAAAGAGGCCAAUAAUCAAUGUCCUCCUCAGCCAUCUGCAAUGGGCCCUAUGUCUCUGUCUGUCUCUCCCUCUCUCUAUCUCUAUUUCUUCCUUUAUUUUUCUGUCUCUCUCUCUCUCUCUCUCUCUCUCUCUCUCUCUCUCUCUCUCUCUCUCUCUCUCUCUCUCUCUCUCUCUCUCUCUCUGUAUGCCUGCCCGUACGUCACCCUCACUGUUAGUUUGCUGUCUGCAUUUUAAUGGAAUAAAAGAUUUAUCAAAAUAAACACAUUGAAUUUG